AUGUCAAAUGCAAGUACCGUUACUACUUUUCUUCUUUCGGGGUUUUCUGACAGCCGGGAGCAAAAUGUUUUGAACUUCGUUCUUCUUUUAGUGAUUUACUUGUCAACCUUGAUGGCAAAUUUUCUCAUCAUUUCAGCUGUUUCUCUGGACCAUCAACUUCAUACCCCCAUGUACUUUUUCUUGGUGAAUUUAUCUGUCGUUGACCUUGGUUCCAUUUCUGUCACCAUCCCCAAUGCCAUGAUUAAUUCCCUCUUGAGCAGCAGAGAGAUUUCAUAUUCUGGGUGUGUUGCACAAGUGUUUUCUUUGUUCUUCUUCUUGAUAUCAGAUUUAUUUCUCCUCACGGGCAUGGCGUAUGAUAGAUAUGUUGCCAUCUGUGACCCACUGCACUAUGAGACAGUGAUGGACAGGAAAGCCUGCAUCCAGCUUGCAGCCACUGCAUGGAUAGCUGGUUUUCUUUAUGCAACCUUACACACAGGUAGCACUUUUGCCAACACAUUCUGUUCAAAUGUCAUCAACCAGUUCUUCUGUGAAAUCCCACAACUGCUGAAAAUCUCCUGCAAUAAUUUGUACCUCAUUGAAGUUGGGGUUAUUAUUUUCAGUGAAUUUAUAGUCUUUCUUUGUUUUGGUUUCAUAGUUGUUUCAUAUGUGCGGAUUUUCAAGUCAGUGCUCAGAAUACCCACCACUCAAGGACGGAGUAAGGCCUUCUCCACUUGCCUGCCUCAUCUCAUUGUGGUCUCCUUGUUUAUCAGCACUGGAAGCAUCGCUUACCUGAAGCCAGCCUCAGGAUCCCCUUCUGAUCUGGAUGUAGUAGUAACUGUAUUAUAUUCGGUGGUACCUCCUUUGAUGAAUCCAGUCAUCUACACCAUGAGGAACAGGGACAUCAAAGCUGCACUUCGGAAAAUGUUUGUGUGUGGUAUUUCUUCUAGGAAUCAAGCAAGUUCUUCUAUUGUCAGUCUGAUUUCCAGCAUUGUGAGGUUUAUUUUUAGAAAUGUAAUGCACUUCCAAAAGCAAAUGCCACAAUGA